CAAGCACAACAGGAGUUUCCCGGCAACAAGUGUGACUUGGUCUGGAAAAAUAACAGACAAUGGAGGCGACUAAGGUCAUUGAAGACUCUGUCCAGAAGAGAGGAAUAAGAAGGGACUGUGAUGUUUGUGAACUCAGGCUUGCCACAAAAAAACUCACCAGUGUUCCUGACUUAUCAAGAUUUCGCUUGCUGAGGAAGCUGAGGCUGAACAACAACAAGAUCAGAGAGCUCAGCUGCCAUUCUCUCAACUGCUGCUUGACUGAACUUUACCUUCACAAUAACAACAUCAAGUCUGUCUCAGGUGCUCUAAGUCAUUUGACCUGUCUGCAAAUCCUGUUUCUCCACAACAACUGCAUCAGAGGGUUGGAGGACACGAUGUAUGAACUCAGGAGGAUGCAGCAGCUCCAAAAUGCUACUUUUUUCCUCAAUCCCAUCUCUCAUGAACUCGGUUAUCGCAACCAUGUGAUCCAUUGCUUGCCUUCACUCCAGACCUUAGACAGAAAAGAAGUGAAGCCAGCAGAGAGGAGGAAGACCUUCCAGAUUUACAGACAGGAUCGUCAUCGCGUCCUCCAGUCUGUGGCUUUCGGAAGACGCCAGUCAUUCCCACAAUGAUGGUGUCUCAGGAAUCAGCAUUGAACACUUGCAGUUACACAAUACAAAGAUUUUCCCACUCUCUCAGUAUUUCUUUGGUGAGUUGAAAAUGGGGCAGAAAUUUGCUGCAAAUAUUGAUAAGAACAGCCUGUAAGAUGAGCCACAAAUGACCUCCGAGAUGAAGAGCAAAUGA